CACCUCAUCCCUCUUCCUGGCGUGCCUGCUGGUGCUAUCGGUCGUGGCCUCGGUCCUUGGGCAUGACCAUGCCGCCGGCGAUGCUCUGCACGCGGAUAUCGUUCACCAUGCCUCGAUCCUCGGGGCUGAUGAGACGGAGCUUCUCUCCGAGAACCCGGGAGUCGUGUUCUUCAUGGUUCACGACUUUGAUUCGGACGGCUUCCUCGACAGCCAUGAGUUCCGUGCGGCCAUCGCCGACCUGAUCGACAUUCGUUCAAUGAGUCUCUCGCAACUGAAUCAGUUGGUCGAGUCGCAUCUCAACAAGGCUGACCGCGACUACGAUGGGCGCCUGUCCUUCGAAGAGUACAUCACCUCCGAGUUCCAUGAGGUGUUUGUCCUGGCUCCGAAGUCCGGCAAGAGCAACUGAUGCCCCCCCCCCCCACUUCCCCCUCCCCCGCUCGCGACCACAUGUCGGGCCACUGUUCCCUUCUUUGGGUGGCUCGGCCUGGGACUGUGCCCGGUCUCCCCCUCCUGCUGCCCGGUGGUCGUGAGUGGGGGACAAAUACAUCGUAUUGUCCUUUCACACACACACACACACACACAC